AUGAGUGAUAUUUAUGUCGUACUUCACUUGGUUACCACUUGUGAUGACGAUAAUUCCACAUCUUCAUACGUCACCAAAGACUCAACUGAAUUAAUCGAACUUGCAUGGGCUGUUAUUGACGCAGAAACCCUUGAAGCUACCUAUCGUGACUCCAUACUUGUGCGUCCGGUGAAUACUCCCAUUACUCCAUACUGUUCACAACUAUACCGUAUUUCAUGGGAACAUGUGAGGAAUGCAGGCACGUUCAAGGACGCUAUAAGCAAGUUUGAUACUUAUAUUCAAGAAAAUGUUAUUGCCAAGGACAAGGAAUUUUCAUUAGUUACCUUUGAUUUGAAUAAGUUGAGAGUGGCAUUGCCUAGAGAGGCCAGGGAUAAAGGUGUGGUUUUGCCACCUUAUUUGCAACACCCUCGUGUGUUUGACUUGCCAAAUGAAUACAGCAAGUGGCAAACCAGUCACCCUGAAGCAUUGUCGUAUACUGCCAGCUCCUUAGCCAAUAUAGUUACUGCGUUGGAAGUCGAAGUUGAGAAUAUUGACGAGUAUGGACCUAUGUCUUCUUCUGCUUCUACCCCGCCUCCACCACCACCGCCACCACCAUCGUCAUCAACAACAACAUCGUCUGAUCAACAGCCAGCACCAUCCCAACCAGUUUCUGGGGACGUUGAGACUAAAUCAAAAUCUACUGUGGAUUUGUAUGCAAAAUUAGUGUCGCAAUUAAUCAAAAAGUCAAUGCCAUUGGAAGAUCACCCUACAGUGUUUACUAAACCUUAUGAUUCUGCUCAAGAUGUCAGAGUUUUUCUUAGUGAACGCUCCAAAAUCCUUUAUCUUUCCAAUUUACCUCAAGACACUACCCAAUCAGAAUUGGAAUCAUGGUUUACUCAUUUUGGUGGUAGACCAGUUGCAUUUUGGACGUUAAAGAAUUUAGAUCCAAACGUCAAAAAGGGAAUUAAUGGGUUCGCCGUAUUUGCAACUCAUGAAGAAGCUACUGAAUCAUUAUCGAUGAAUGGAAGAGUUCUUUCCGAUAGAGCUAUUGAAGUACAACCAUCAUCAACUAGAGUAUUAGAUAAAGCCAACGAUUUACUUACGCCAUUCCCACCUUCGAAAAAUAGACCGAGACCUGGAGAUUGGACAUGUCCAUCAUGUGGAUUUUCUAAUUUCCAGAGAAGAACUCAUUGUUUUAGAUGUUCUUUCCCUGCUCUGAGUGCUGCUGCUAUUCAGGAAUCGAUUUAUAGCAAUCCUAAUGGUAACAAUAGAAGAGGUAGUUCGCAACAGGCUCAUGCACAACCACAUACUGGAGAUAACAAACCUGUGGUGAAUACCGGUAACGUUUUACAGAACUACAGUGGAUAUCCAGAUCAACAACAACUGCAACAACCACAACAACUGCAACAAUCACAGCAGCAUCAAAACUACCACCAAGGAGGACAUAAUUCCAAUAAUAACCAAUACCAUAAUACCAAUGGUAGCAAUGCUAAUACUGGAAAUAAUCCUUCGCGUUCCCAUUAUAACAACAAUGUUCCAUUCAGAGCUGGUGACUGGAAAUGUGAACUUUGUAUGUAUCAUAACUUUGCAAAGAAUUUAUGUUGCUUGAAGUGUGGAACUACCAAACCAGUCAUGUUGAAUCAACAACAUCAGCAGCAGCAACAGCAGCAAUCUCAACAACAGCAAGCUGGAGCUUCGAUCCAUUCGGUUAAUUCUACAGCUACUGCCAUUGCCGCCGCUACUGCUAGUGGUCAACCAUUGAACAGUGGAUUUAUGGGUAUUCAACAACCGCAACCACUUCAUACUUAUGGGCAUGUAUCCAACCAACAACAACAGCAACAACAACAGCAGCAGCAGCAACAACAACAACAACAAAGACAAAAUAGAAAUAGUAACUCUAUGGGUUACACCAAUCAGAAAUAUUAUAGUCAAGGAGUGAGAUCUAGUGGUACAGGUACUCCUAAUCAAAUGAUGUCUCAGCAAAUGAUGAUGUACCAACAACAGCAACAGCAUUCGGGAGGUGCAAAUACACAACAGAAGUACUCACAAUCUGUUAACAAUUCACCGUCUUUAUAUCCUAGUUACUACAACAAUAGUAACUACCAACAGGGUGGUGGACUGCAGGUUCCUCAGAACGAGGGAGAUGCCAGCUUGAACAGUCUGGGAUACAGUUCAUUGAGCAAUCAAAUGAACUCGUUAACUUUGAAUCAGUGAAUUUUUUAAACGUUUGGUUUUAGUUUUAGUUUUAGUUCAAAUUAGGAUUACUAUUUGGUUUAAUUAGGGCAGAGGUAAUUACGGAGAGGAAUGAUAUUCUUGUAACAGAGAAAAACAAUUUGAUUUUUUUUAUUUGGAUGAUUUUAUAGUUUAUAUUUAAAUUGUACAUAUUUUUGCAACUACAUACUAUUAGUUUUUUUUU